AUGGUGUUGGCAUUAGACUACAUGUCCCGCCCUACAGAAUACCGUAGCCCCUCGAGUAUAGUAAUUUAUACGGAUGGAUCUAAAAUUGAAGGAAAUGUGGGGAGCGCAUUUGCUGUCUUACAAGAAAAUAGUGUCAUUGCACAAUGGAAGGGCCAUUUGGCUAACAAUAACAGUGUCUUUCAAGGGGAAGCAGUAGCAAUAGCGCAAGCUAUUCGCUACUUGCUAACCCACCAAAUCCUAAAGGCUACUAUAAAGUCUGAUAGCCUUUCAGCUAUUUAUGCGAUUAGUAAUCCAGAACACCCAUCCAAAAUCAUUAGAGAUAUUCAACAAGACCUUAGAAACAUCAACGCCCAUGACAUCCACUUAGCUUGGAUAAAGGCACAUAUGGGUGAAUAUGGAAACGAAGUUGCAGAUACUCUCGCCAAGGAGGCCGCUUUUGGAAUUGCUGCUGAAAAUUCACAUAUCUUGGCCGCAUUCACAUUGAAAUUUGAAAUCUGCAUUACGUCUCAAAGCAAUCAGUAA